AGGAUAGUGAGGAGUCCAGUGUAGAGAAAUUUCUGGCAACCCCACUUGUUCUAGCCUACAUCAAUCCUGUUUCGGCACAGGAGAAGCUUUUGGAGCGGUAUUCUUAUGAAUUACACACAGAGCAGGAGACAUCUCUUUACAUUUAGUUCUAUUAUCUGUGUUGAAAGGACGAUGCCUUUGAGGACCGGACUUUUUCUCCUGAUGGUGCUGAACGCAUCUGCAUAUGAACUGGAUCAAAACGAGUCUUAUUCGCCCAGGAGAGCACGCUUUUCUGCCAAUAGCCCUUCAGAUGUGGCACGCUGUCUCAACAGUGCCCUCCAAGUUGGCUGCGGAGCCUUCGCCUGCCUGGAAAACUCAACUUGUGACACAGAUGGCAUGCAUGACAUCUGCAAGUCCUUCCUAUACAGUGCUGCUAAAUUUGACACUCAGGGUAAAGCAUUUGUGAAGGAGAGCCUUAAGUGCAUUGCCAAUGGCAUCACCUCGAAGGCAUUCCCCACCAUUCGCCGCUGCUCCACCUUCCAAAGAAUGAUAUCUGAAGUCCAAGAGGAGUGUUACAGCAAACUGGAUAUCUGCACUGUUGCACGAUCUAAUCCAGAUGCUAUUGGUGAAGUGGCACAGCUACCAAGUCACUUCCCCAAUAGGUUUUAUGGUAAGCUGCUACAGAGCCUGAUGGACUGUGAUGAGGACACGGUGGACCGCGUUAGGACCAGCAUGGUGUCGCGGCUGGGCCCAGAAAUGACUAUGCUUAUUCAGCUGCUGCAGAGCAAGCCCUGCCCAUCCACUGCUGUGGCUGCAGCUGCCGCCAUCCCAACUGGAGUGGAGGGCCGUGGGAGCUGGCGCUGGUCCAUGGGUCCCCAUAUGUACAAGAUCCAGCCUAAUCUGCGGAACAGAGACUCUGCCAGUCAUUUUGGCAAAAAACGCUCUGCCAGUGACAGCUCCUAACUUCCACUCAGAUUCAGAAACUCCACACACUCCUCAGACACCAUGAAAACGCAAGCUCCUCUAUUCCCUAGGGGUGACAAAUCCAUUCCUCCACUAGGCUGGAAGUUACAGAAAUAUGCACCACUAGGGAAUGCUCAUAGAGUUAUCAGAGUUUGAUUGUUGUUAUAUUGUAUAUCCUACACUUAGAGUGAGAGAUCCCCUCCAUCGACUAUUUUCAGACGUGUCCACUCACAGAUAGUGUCAAACAUGUGGCUGUUGCAGUUGUGCAACAAAGAUGAAUCCUUAAGUCGUCUUUCAGAUAAGAAAAAAAGACAGCCAUAAUUGUUUAUGCCUCCAUACUUUAAAAGACAUUUGUUCAUUGAUAGACAUUAGUAGAUGAUUAUUCGUUCAUUGAUAGGAAAGGAAAUUAAUGGUAGAUGUAUCUAAUAUUUCAGUGAUGAGACCAGUCAAAUUGUGAGCAUGAGAUGUGGAAAUGAGUUUCAUAUCUAUUUUCUGACACUAACAUAAUACUUAAAUGUACUGUAUACUAAGUUAUCUUAGACAGCCAUAGCUAGCCCUCUAAAAGAGAGUGCUCAUAAGGAGUGAGGUCUGUAGAGGUUUCAUGAUAACCUUUGAGAGGUUAUCUUAAACUGACCAAAAAACUUCAAACUGCCCUGAAUGCUAUUCAUGAAAUACCAAAAUAGUGUAUAGCUAUAGCACUUAUAAUUGUUUGUUUUUUUCUGAUGCUAGAUGUAGCCGUGGUCGUGUAUUACAAAUCAUAAUCCUGCACAUAAGGAUUGUUCAGGACAUGGCCAAGUCUAUCCAUCAGAAAAAGUCCAUUUUGCAUAUCUUGUAUCCAGACACUUGUAAUGCAUAAGACUGUUGAGCUCUACAGUAUAUGUGGGACCAUGUUUAGUUGAAUCUGUAUCCAUGUUCUUAACUGAGUGUGAAGCAGUCGUGUAUGUGCAGCAGCUGAUUAGCACGUUCACCGAUGAGACUGAAGGCAGCCAUUGUCUUGGACUGAUGAUCGUCAAUCUCUGAGGUGAAUAAUGUAACAUACACGCUGGUUUCCAGUGUCUAGAUGGAGAAUGACUAUUUUAAAAAAGCCUUGUUGGGAUUAUAUUUAUUUUCCUACUAUAUUAUUUAAUGUUUUUUUUAUGCAUUAUUGUAGUUUUAAUCAGUUUACAGAUAGACUUUUAAAAAGCAGUUCAGUCAUGGCUCCUAUUUGAACAUGAGCUCUAUGCCAAAAAACAAAAGAAAAAGAAAAAAAAAAAAAGAGCUGAUACUCCGGUGACUGAAUGGGACCCAUGUCAUGACUCUGUGCUGGCCAUAGGGGAACAAGGUUGGUCAUUCAAGUCAGGUGAUCUACUUUGUGGGUGUUACAAGGGACCACAACUAAACAAGAUAGCUUCAUUUUGACACACUUUCUGGUUAUUGAAAAGAAGAGGUGCUGCAGCUGAUAGAAGGGGUUUGUGCACAGUAAUGACAAAUGGCAAGGCAAGAUCACAGCAAAGCAAACACCAGCAUUAAAUUCAUCCAUAGGGAAGAUUUUAAAUGGUUCUGCACUACUUUGAGGUGCUUCUCCUUGCUUGGGUUGACAUUCCCUUUUCUUAAGUAGGUUAUCAGAAAUUUUUUUGCAUUUAUUUCCAGUUCUUAUUCAUUAGUUUUUAGGUAGAUACUAUUUGCACCCAUGUGUUAGUAUAGCCAGUUUUGCAGAGGAAGAGCUAAUGUGGCUAUUUUCACCCACAUGUAUAUUUAUUAAAGAGACAAUUUAAGUAACCAUGCUACUAACAAUAGUAAGGGGUACCUCUAGGAUUUUAACACAUAAAGACCCAAAUAUAUACCAAUGACCAAAAGCAUCUCCUGAUCUAAAAUGUUUAAUACCCGCUGAUCCACUAAUCCU